AUGAUCAGGGCAUGUUCAUCUGUCAAAGCAAAGUAUGCUACUGAGAUUUUGGCAAGGUUUGGAAUGGAAAAAUGUAACAUGGUAUGCAAUCCUAUAGUAACUGGAAGUAAACUCAUGAAGGAUGAAAAUGGUAAAGUUAUAGAUGCAAGUAAAUAUAUGCAGAUGAUUGGGUGCUUGAUGUACUUGCUUGCUACCAGACCUGAUCUUGCAUAUUCAGUAUGUUUAGUGGCUAGAUACAUGGAAAGGCCUACUGAAAUGCAGUUAUCAGCUAUUAAAAGAAUUUUGAGAUACUUAAAAGGAACUAUCAGUUUUGGAGUCAUAUACAAGGAGGAAAAGGUGAGAUUGAUUGGCUGGUCAGAUUCAGAUUAUGCUUGUGACACAAAUGACAGGAAAAGUACCUCAAGGUAUGUGUACAUGAUAGGAAAUGGAGCAAUAUCUUGGUCAUCUAAGAAGCAACCAAUUGUUACUUUUUCUACUACUGAAGUUGAGUAUGUUGUAGCAGUUUUGUGCUCUUGUCAAGGAAUUUGGCUAAAAAGGAUAUUGAGUCAUCUUUGUGAAGAUCAGAAGGAACUAUAG